AUGUCACUUCGUGAUCCUACAAAAAAAAUGUCCAAAUCAGAUUUAUUAGAUCAAUCACGGAUCAAUUUAAAUGAUUCAGCUACAACAAUUUCCUCAAAGAUUAGAAAAUCUGUUACAGAUACCACACAAGGAAUAACAUUCGAGCCAACAACUAGACCUGGCAUAUCCAAUCUUGUAAGUAUUUUUGCUGCAAUAAAAGGAUCAAGUGUAGAACAAAUUGUUGAAGAAUUUAGAACAAGUGACACCAAAACAUUUAAAGAUGCUUUAGCCGACACAUUGAUCGAAAGAUUAGUUCCAAUUCAAAAAGAGAUUGAACGUUUAAAACUUGAUGAAAGUUACAUUCAACAGGUAUUGAAAGAUGGAGCUGACAGAGCUUUCGAAAUUGCAGAAAAAAAUAAAAAAGAAAUCUAUAGACAUGUUGGAUUGAUAAAUUAA